CCAACAGCAUUUGAUAUUUACAAAAACAAAAGUUCAUUAAGAAAAAAGAACCCCAACAGAAACCAUAUUAUUUGAAGGGGAAAUAAAGAGGGCUGUGUAAGAGUAGUUGACUUCAGAUCUGAUCGCCAAAUCCUGUUUCAAUUCCUUCAUUGCUACAGAGAAUUUUGUAGAAAUGGAGAAGUAUGAAAUUAUUAAGGAUUUGGGUGCUGGAAGUUUUGGUGUUACUAAACUUUGUAAGCAUAAGCAAACCAAAGAGCUUGUGGCCGUCAAGUUCAUACAACGUGGUCCUACGAUCGAUGCAAAUGUGGAAAGGGAGAUACUAAACCAUCGAUCGCUUAGGCAUCCGAAUGUAGUUCGUUUUAAGGAGGUUCUUUUAACCACAACCCAUUUGGCUUUGGCGAUGGAAUAUGCUUCUGGGGGAGAACUUUUCCAAAGAGUUAAUUGGGGUCGUUUUGGAGAAGAUGAGGCAAGAUAUUUUUUUCAGCAGCUAAUUUCAGGAGUCAAUUACAUUCAUUCAAUGCAAAUAUGCCAUAGAGCUUUGAAGUUAGACAAUAUCCUUUUAGAUGGAAGGAAAUCCCCACGCUUGAAGAGAUGUGAUUUUGGCUACUCCAAGGUGCAUUCAAAACCAAAUACAAAUGUUGGUUCUGCAACAUACGCAGCACCAGAGGUUAUAUCUCAUGGGCAGUAUGAUGGAAAGAUGGCAGAUGUAUGGUCAUGUGGAGUUACUCUUUAUGUUAUGUUGGUCGCUGCAUAUCCUUUUGAAGACCUAAACGAUAAUAAGAACUUUCAGAAAACUAUUAAGCGAAAGAUGUCUGGACGCUACAAAAUACCAGACCAUAUUCGUAUAUCUCGAGAUUGUCAACACCUACUCUCUUGCAUCUUUGUCCGAAAUCCCUCGAAGAGAAUUUCAAUAAAAGAGAUCAUAAGUCACCCAUGGUUGCUGAAAAACUUGCAAUGGGAACUGACAGAACCAGCCAAAGCAAUCUAUUACAAGAAGGAUAAUAAUCCAACCUCGUCUCAUCAAAGUGUGGAAGAAAUCAUGAAGAUCGUGAGGGAGGCUAGAAAGCAGUUUGCCCAACCAUCAAAACCCAUCAUGGGCUAUUGGUCAGAAACUGAAGAGGAUUACGAGACAGGGCUAGAAGAAGAAGAAGAAGAGGAUUAUUACGAGACUGGGCUGGAACAAGAGGAAGAAAAUGAGUACAUAUGAAAUGAUGGUGAAAGAAAUUGUAGAUAUAUAAAAGACUUGAUCAUCAUUUAAAAACACCACAUAUACCAUAGAGUGGUUUGUUGUAUUUCUUUAUUAAGCUUUGUUGGUGUUAUGUAAGUAUCAAAUAAUUAUGGUCCUCCAGUAGUUGUAAGCCUGUACAGUGUAAUAUCAUCAACAAGCUUUAAGUUCUAAAAAGGUAAAUAUGUUUAUAUAUUAGUAGUUGACGAAUCUUGAAGUUCAAAUUACAAAUUACAUUCUCUAU